AUGCAGGUCGAGGCUCGUCUAAGGCGGCCCUGGCCGAAUCAACGUAACGUUCUCGUUGGAGUCGCAGUGAGGAAGCAAUGUCGUCAUCCGGGCACGCAACAAACGGGCGAUGCGGUUGGCUGGCUAGAGAGCAACGGCCGAGGAAAGAGGCAAGACGAUAGUGAAGCUCGCCCCAGGUUACAAUGUGUAAGAAGUGAUGUGUCUGAGAUUGACGCUGAUUUGGGGGAGGGAAAAGACAAAAAUAGGUCCGUCGAUUCGGGUCGGCCGACUGCGGCGCACGGCAGAGACGACACCUGGGAUAUGCUCGUCAGCGCCGGUCGGUCCGUGGAGAACAAAGGCCGGAAGGCUAUGGUCCUGGAUGCGGUCCUCGCUGCUGUCCUAGCAGAGGGGCGACUCGACAGUUUUAAAGUUGCGCACGAGGAAGGUGCUGCUUAG